AUGAGUGCCUCUAAGGCCGUGCGCGGCACCCACGUUGUGCUGCGCGCAGCCUGCGGCCGCCAGACGGGUGCGCGCCGCUUCGCCAGUACGCGCUCCGUAAGAGCGUUGCGUCUCCAAGUCUCGCCGGGGCGCUGGGCACUGCCCCGACGCAGUGGCGCAUCCGCUCUACCGGCUACCAGGUCAUUCCAGACAAGUUGCGCGAAACGGCUGGCCACGGUUGAGGCUGUGAGCAACGCGAAAACCUACGAACACGGUCCCAUUGCCGAGUACAACUCGCGCGUCGAAUCGGGACGCCUGCGCGACGACGAGCACCAGCGAGGGAUCAUCGACAAUCUGCAGGCCCUUCACGUCACCCUCUCCAAGUACCAGUUUCCGCCCGUCGUCCAUCCCACAAUAGAAUCUCUUCAGCCGCCUAAGAAAUCUCUCCUUGGUUCGCUUUUCGGCUCCAAAGAGGAAGGAUGGAAGCCAGUCAUUUCGGAGAACCUCCCGAAAGGCAUAUACAUGUACGGCGACGUCGGCAGUGGGAAGACCAUGAUGAUGGACUUGUUCUUCGACACUUUGCCGACGAACAUAAAGUACAAGACUCGCAUCCAUUUCCACGGGUUCAUGCAGCAGGUGCACAAAGAGUUGCAUAGGAUGAAGCUGAAGUACGGAAACGAUUUAGAUCUCGUUCCGUUUGUGGCAGCGGAUAUCGCGUCAAAGAGUCAGGUCCUAUGCUUCGAUGAGUUCCAGUGUACCGACGUUGCAGAUGCCAUGAUUCUCCGGCGCCUGGUGGAGUCGCUCAUGGCGCACGGAGUCGUUAUUGUGACAACCUCAAACCGUCACCCAGACGACCUGUACAAGAACGGAAUUCAGCGGGACUCCUUCAUACCUUGCAUCCAACUGCUCAAGUCGCGCUUGCGCGUCAUCAACCUGGACUCGCAAACAGACUACCGCAAGAUUCCGCGGCCGCCAUCGGGAGUGUACCACCAUCCGCUUGACGAGUCAGCUAAAACGCAUGCCGAUCGCUGGUUCCGUUUCCUUGGCGACUUCAAAGACGAUCCGCCGCACGAGGCCAAGCAUGAGGUCUGGGGUCGUGAGCUCUCGGUUCCAAGGGCAAGCGGGAAGGCGGCCAUGUUCUCUUUCAACGAACUCAUCGGACGAGCAACAGGCGCUGGCGACUACCUCGAGCUGAUGAGGAACUACGAGGCUUUCAUCGUCACGGACGUUCCUGGCAUGAGCCACAAGUCUCGCGACCUGGCAAGAAGGUUCAUUACAUUUAUCGAUGCGGUCUAUGAGAGCAGGGCUAAGCUUGUUCUCACUACCGCAAACCCUCUCAACGAACUCUUCAUCACACAUGACGAGCUCGAAGAGGCGCAGAAAGAAAACAAACCGGACAGCGGGGAAGAACAUCACAUCCCUGACGCCAUGCGGAGCCUUAUGGAUGAUCUGGGCAUGAACAUGGCAACGCUCAAGAACUCGUCCAUCUUCACCGGAGACGAAGAGCGGUUCGCAUUUGCCCGUGCCUUGAGCAGACUGGUGGAAAUGGGCAGUCAGGAGUGGGUAGAGCGAGGUCUGGGAAUGGAGAAGCUUGGCGGCAAGGCUGAGAAGGAUAGCUGGCUGAAGGUACGGAGCAGAUGGAGGGAAGACAGCAUGUAG